AUGGCGGUUCUCAAUCUAAAACCUCAAAACGACGACAAAGAGAAUGUCUCACCCACAAAGGUGACCACCAUUUCUGUCAACCCUCUUGAUUCUCCUUCAUCCAUUGACAAAGACAAAACCCAAAUCAGAAACAGAAGAAGACAGCCUCUUAAAGAGAUCACCAAUUUAUUCGUCUCAUCAUCACCAUUGCCCUCUUCGCCCACUUUAUCAUUUUCUCACAAAUGCAUUCAGGGAAGAUCUGGUGUUGGUCUCAAGGCUGCGGCAACUUCUUCGUCUACAUUCUCUUGUAGACAUUUCAGAUGA